UACAGGAACUGACAGUUGGAGGAGGGUUAGAAUACAUUCACCAAGGCUCACGUUGCCUCAUGGUAAAACAAAAUGCACCAGAUAACCGACUAUGCGCUCCUUGGAGCCUCAGGAGGGAUGCCACCACCUUCACUGCCCAUCAAACAGCGCAGGAGCAAGUCCUCCAGCUCAAGCUCCAUUCAGGAUCUAGAGUUAAAGGUAGGAGAUCUACACUCAUCUGGACCACAGACCCCUUUGUCUCCGUUUACAGAGGUGUUCAGCACACCUACUGACUGUAAUGCUUCCCACUGUCCUAUACAUCAUCGCUAUGAACAACACCAGGCGAGAUUCUUCUCAGACCAAACUCCUCCUCCAAUACCCCAAAAGACUCUGAUGAGAACCCUAUCCCUCCCAACGGAUGCUCUUGACCCACCUUACCAAGAUAAAAUCUCUAACUAUGAAAAUCCCCUCUACAUGUUAACACCAUUACAAGGCCCACUGAUACUAAAAGAGGAGGACAAAGAGGAGCAACAUCAAGCUCAGUCCAUGUACCAGAUGACCUUUGAUAUGCCAGAUGAACAGCUUUACGGAUUCUUCAGAAGCUUCCAAAGCCAUGAGCAAGUUUCUGUGGGGAUUCAAAAGUGUUAUCUUCAUUUCCUGAGGAACACAUUACAGAACAUUGAAAUGAAAGUCUAUCUAAAUGAGCAGGAAAUGGAGAACGCGAAGACAUCUCAGCCUAAUGACUUUCUAUUGUGUGGGCAACAGUGGACUAAGAGGGAUAUUUUCUACUUGGUGCAUUGUCCAAAGAUUCCUGGAAGGAUGUUUUCAGCAAAGGUUCACAAAGGGAAUUCCGAAUCAGAUUGCUCUACACCUAUGCUGCAUCCAAAUAUAGAACAAAGUGUGGUCCAUUUCCCGCUAAGCACAUUUAUGGAUCAAACUUGUGCCUCACAAUCAGAGACUGCUCAGACAACACCAGAGUCAUCACAAGGGAGCGGCACAGAGGUAUGUCAUCAGCAAACGGUUGUCUCUCUUUUAAUGAAAGGUGUCAGUGUGACUGUAGUAAGAGACUUUCCACUGGGAACACUGGAGGACUUUGUUAAGGAUGGACACACGUUACACUGGACUCAUCCUAAGGUUUAUGAAAGGAGGCUUUGUCUUAUUGUCCUCCAGUUGGUACUAGGACUUCAGCACUUAGGAUCUUAUAAUGCCAUUCACAGGGAACUGAAACCACAGAGUGUUAUGUUAGUGUGGCCUAGUAUCAAGUUGGUUGCAAGUAGGGAAAACCCAACAGAGAUCAAGAAGGGAAGGGACAUAAAUGAGAUCUCAAUACCCAAUGAGAAUUUGAAAGGUGAGAUGUGUCAAACCCUAUGGGAGAAGUGGGGCACUCCUCGUGUAGUGCUGAACAGCCAUGUAGAGAAAGAGGUCUUUCAAGCAACAACUUCCCUGGAGUUCCAGUUGGGGAACUUGCUAAAGAACUGUCUGCAUCUUACCGACAGUGGGUUGUCAAUGUGGAAAACACCACAAGACACUCCUUACAUUCAAGGUUUGCUAUGGCUGGUCACCCAUCUUACAUCCGAGAAACCAGGACUACUAAUGGCCGAUGUGCCAGGUGUCCUCCAGGCCUUACUUUGGGGUCCACGAAAGAGACUCUUCCAGCAAAACCAACAAGAGAGCACUGUACUUUCUAAUUGGCUGCUCCUGAAGCGAUCUCUUUUGGUUCUCAAGCUUGCAGAGAGGGGACUGUUUCACAAUCACCAUAGCUUGGACUGGGAAGACUAUCUCUGUCUGCAAUACCUAUCCUUCACUAACUCUGAGAAUUUGUGUACUGUUACUGAACAAAUGGGCCUUCAUGACUUUGUUAGAACAGCUUAGAUAAAAACACAAAUAUUGUUAAUGACCUAACUUGCAAUUCACUGAGAAGGUAGCCCAAAAGGACUGUAAGAAAAAGAAAAAAAAAAUAGUUCUCAGCUAUAUGGCUUCAAUUAACCAUUUUGAUAUAAAGAAAUCACCCUGUCCUACACCCCAAUAUUUGUAAUUCACUUUCCAUUAUGUACUGAUCAUAUACUUCUCAGAAUUACAUGCCCACAACUAAAACUUCAAAUCACUUGAAAAUGUUCAAACAAAUCACUACUCUUUUCACCCCACUCUUUUCCUUAUGCUUCUUGUGACAAUAUAUAAAAAUUAAAGAA